AUGGGAAAGCAGACUCUGUUGCUGUGCUUCAUCCACGGGUUCAAGGGCGACGACGGCACCUUCCGGGGCUUCCCUGAGCACAUCCGGGCGCUGUUACAGAACGCGCGACCCCACCUCGCGAUCGAGACCGCGAUCUACCCACAAUACGAGACGCGGGGGGAGCUUCCCAACGCCGUAGCGCGCUUCCGGUCAUGGCUGCAAGACGUCGUGAUCGAUCUCGAAGUGGCGCGGCACACGCCGUCGCCCACGAUCGACCCCUCCGUGCACACCAUCCUGGUCGGGCACUCGAUGGGCGGGAUCGUGGCGGCCGACGCGCUGCUGAGCAUAAUGGACGACGACCUUGUGGCCGGAGACGCUCGCCUGCCGUUCCCGCACAUCGUCGGGAUCCUCGCGUUCGAUACGCCUUACCUCGGGCUGGCGCCCAGUGUGUUCGCGCACUCUGCCGAGGAGAAGUGGAAAACGGCGUCGGGUGCCUACGGCACGCUGUCGUCGAUCGCGUCGGGACUGUUUGCGUCGCAGGCGGCGGUGGAGGGGACGAUGGUCAAGACGUGGGAGGAGGAGGAGCGGGAACGGGAGGCGGGGCGGAAGAACGAGCUCGCGCAGCAGUCGCUGUGGGGGAAGUGGGGGAAGGUAGCGGCGUACGGGGGGGCGGCGGCGGCGCUGGCGGGCGGCGCCGCCGCCGCAUACAUCAAGCGCGACGAUAUCUCCGCCGGCUUCGGCUGGGUCUCGAGUCAUCUGGAGUUUGUGGGCGCGCUGAUGAAGGCGGAGGACUUGCGCGUGCGCCUCAAUCGCGCGGCGGGGAUGGACGGCGUCGGCUUCGCAAACCUGUUCACGAGUCUGGGCGGCGACCGCAUGGGCACGUCGAUGAUGUUCGACGGCAAGGAGCGCACGUUCUGCUCGCUCCCUGCGGACGAGUCCCCGCUGCGCAAGAAGUUCUUCCGCUGCGUCAACGUCAAGGCCGACGACGAGGUGGGCGCGCACGUCGCCAUGUUCGAGGCGAAGACGAACCCCGCGUACUUUGAGCUGGCAGAGCGCGCCCGCAGCCUCAUUUGUGUCUGGGUCAGGGACGAC